GGUUUCAUGACGACCAUGUCGGAAUCACUUUUGCGUUUGCAUUUUCUCUUGCUACUCUUACUCUGUUCUGUCACCCCUUCAAGCUUCUUCACCUUAAAAAAUCCUGUUGUUGUUCCUUGUCAUCCCCACAAGAUUCAAGCCUUUACAGAGUUUAAGAACGAGUUUGAUACCCGCGGUUGCAACCGCAGUGGCUACUCUAAUGGAGUCUGGUGCGAUAACUUGACGGGUGCGGUCACGAAGAUACGUCUAAGGGGAUGUCUCAUUGGAACUCUGAAGCCAAACAGUAGUCUCUUUGGGUUUCAUCAGCUACGUUACCUUGAUCUCGCUGAAAACAGCUUCACCUCCGCUUCACUCCCUUCCGAGUUUGGCAAGCUCAGCAAAUUAGAGGUUUUGUUUCUUUCCUCUAGUGGCUUCCAUGGCCAAGUUCCUUCCUCAUUUAGUGACCUAACCAUGCUUUCCAGUUUAGACCUUUCCAGUAACGAGCUCACUGGUAGUUUUCCACUUGUGCGAAAUCUAAGAAAGCUCUCUUAUUUAAACCUUUCCUAUAAUCACUUGUCUGGAACAUUGGAUGGUAACAGUAGCCUAUUUGGGUCGCACCACCUCCGUUACCUUGAUAUCGGUUACAACAACUUUAGUUCCUCACUCCCUUCCGAAUUUGGCAAUCUCAACAAAUUAGAGGUCUUAUAUCUUACCUCUAGUGGGUUUUCUGGUAAGAUUUUCCCCACAAUUAGUAACUUAACCCAGUUAACUAAGUUGCACCUAUUCCUAAACAAGUUCACUGGUAGUUUGCCACUUGUACAAAAUCUAACUAAGCUCUCGAAACUAGGACUUGGUUUUAAUCAGUUCACCGGGACCAUUCCGUCGUACCUCCUCACUUUGCCUUCCUUAUCAAUUCUUGAUUUACGCCAAAAUCAUCUCUCCGGUUCUAUUAAAGCAUCCUUUAACUCCUCUACCUCAUCUAGGCUCGAGAUCAUGUACCUUGGGGAUAACCAAUUUGAUGGAAAAAUCCUAGAGCCUAUCUCAAAGCUCAUCAACCUCAAACGCCUUGACGUUUCUUUUUUAAAUACUAGCUCCCCAAUUGAACUAAAGCUCUUCUCCUCUCUCAUAUCUUUGGUGCACCUCGAUCUUUCUGGUAAUAGUUUAUCACCAGCCAGUUUAAGUAGAGAUUCAAACAUCCCGUUGACCAUGAAAUAUUUGUUCCUCAAGUUUUGCGGCAUCAGCCAACUCCCAACCAGCUUAAGGACCCUUGAGAAUUUGGAGUAUUUACAGUUAUCCAACAAUGAAAUGAGAGGGAAAAUCCCAGAGUGGUUAUGGAGCCUUCCUUGUCUACGCACAGCGUAUAUUAGAUUUAAUUCCUUCAACGGUUUCCAAGGUUCAGCCCAAGUUUUAGUAAAUUCAUCACUGCGGGUAUUAUUUUUGGAUGCAAACAAUUUUGAAGGAAGACUUCCUGAUCUACCCCUCUCUAUCAAAAGCUUCUCUGCACAGUCUAAUAGUUUCGAGGGAGAGAUCCCUCUUUCAAUCUGCAACAGAAGCUCCCUUGCUUCUCUUGUUCUAAUCGACAACAACUUCAGUGGUCCAAUUCCUCAAUGUUUGAGUAGUAUGGUACUUGUGAGUCUUCGGAAGAACAAUUUCCAAGGAAGUAUUCCUAACAAGCUCUGUACUAGUGGCUCUCUACGGACACUCGAUGUAAGUCAUAAUCGACUAACAGGGAAGCUUCCAAGGUCUCUUGUAAAUUGCUCAUCUCUCGAGUUUAUAAGCGUUGCAAACAACAGACUCGAAGACACGUUUCCAUUCUGGCUUAAGGCUUUACCGAAUCUGCAAGUCCUUACCCUUCGCUCUAAUAAAUUUUAUGGCCCGAUGUCUCCUCCUCAUCAAGGUCCUCUUGGGUUUCCAGAGCUGCAGAUAUUUGAGAUUGCUGAUAAUAAGUUUACCGGAAGCUUGCCACCAAACUACUUCGUGAAUUGGAAAACAUCAUCGGAAUAUCAGGGUUUAUAUAAGGUAUACCACGAAAAGCGAUAUGAUGACAUCGGCUAUACUUAUAGGAUGGUUAUGGAUUUGCACUACAAAGGGUUAUCCAUGGAAACGUUUGUCCUCACUUCCUACAUCGCCAUUGAUUUUUCUGGGAACAGACUUGAAGGACAGAUUCCUGAAUCCAUUGGUCUCUUGAAGGCGUUGAUUGCACUCAACUUAUCAAACAACGCCUUCACAGGCCAUAUCCCUCUAUCUCUGGCCAAUCUUGAGGAGCUCGAGUCACUAGACAUGUCAAGAAACAAACUCUCAGGUACUAUUCCUAAUGCAUUGGGGACCCUCUCGUUUUUGGAGUACAUCAACGUGUCUCACAACCAUCUCAAAGGUGAAAUACCACAAGGACCACAGAUUACUGGGCAAUCUGAAUCCUCCUUCGAAGGGAAUGCAGGGCUUUGUGGUCUUCCUCUGAAAGAAACUUGCUUUGGGGGUAAUACGCCACCAACACAACAACCUAAAGAGAAAGACGACGAAGAGGAACAAGUGUUGAGCUGGAAAGCAGUGGCAAUAGGGUAUGGAUCUGGAGUGUUGCUUGGAUUGGUAGUAGCACAAGUCAUUGCUUCAUACAAACCGGAGUGGCUUGCCAAGAUCAUUUGUCUGAAUAAACGCAGAAACCGUUAA